CCAUUUUAAAAACAGAAUUGUCAAAGGCAAAUUUUGAUGGAUUGCUGUCAAACGAUGGAAAAUGGAAAUAAGAUUGAAAUAAUUAAAUUACAUUGAAUUUUAUAAAGCUUUUAUAAUUUUAACAAGUGAAUAAAAUCUAUGAAAAUGUUUUCUGUAGCAGGACAGCGCGUCUUACAUAAGUGCCUCAAAAUUUUGAGGUUAACUGUUGCAGAUUUUAGCAGUUUACCUGAUAUAAAGAAUUUAAACGCAGUACGAACUGUGGAGAAGACGAUAGACAAUAACACGAGUAUCUUUAUCGAGAGUCCGAUACAUGUGAGAGUGCAACCUAUAGAUGUAAACGAUAUAAAAGCACAUAACAAGUUAACAAUGACUUUGUACAGUCAAGGCAAGGACACAAGUGAUUUUCAGGUGAAACAGACCUCUAAGCGACUCGAGUUACUCAACAAGAACACAUCAUCCGACAGAAACGACGUGUGUUUAAUACAGGUGCCGUAUCAACUGAAAGUACAGGUCACAACAACAGACAGUGCUUCAGUACACUUGUCUAAAUUAGAGGGCGAGGAAUUCGUAGUAAAAACACAGAAAGGGGCUGUGAGCGUGUCAAAUCUGAAAGCGCAGAACAUAAAAGUGGAAAGCAUAGAGGGAGAGGUGCAGACAGAAGGCAGGUUACAAGCUAGUUCUAUUGAAUUAAAAACUGGUUUGAAUUCAGGCAUCAAGUGUCACAAUGUGAUGGCCAACUCGUUCAUUGUGACGACGCAUGCAGGCCCCAUCGCCGUGAAGUCUUGCUACAGUGAUAAAUCUCAUUUUACAACACUUAUGGGUAAUAUCCGUUUGGACCAUCUUCACAGAUCAGUAAUGAUUGAUGUCAUAAAGCAAGGGAAUCUGCACAUAACAGGGUUCUCAGGAAACCUGCAGGCUUCAUUAAAAAGUGGCGAAGUUUACAUGCAUGCAUCUCAGCUAACAGAAAAAAGUAGCAUCUUCAUUCAUGAAAAAGGCAAAGUUGAAUUAUUAAUACCAGAUAUAUUGAAGAACUUGCCCGCAACUAAUCUGAUAGCUGAGAAAAUAAAGGUUGAUGAUAAGAUUAUGAAAUUAGGCAGGUUUAUGGAUGAUUCCCAUCCAAAAAGGUUUAGGUUUGAAAAAGAACCACAGCAUGAGUUGCAUGUUGUGUGUAAAAAUGGCUCCAUUGAACUAAAAGAAACCGAUCUACCUUUCAUUGUGUAAUGGUAUUAUUAAGUGUAUAUACAUUGGUCUGUGUAGGAGAAUACUUGUUGUGUUUUAAAUGGUUUAAUGUAAUUUAUUUUUAUUAAAUGCUGCAUUUUGUUUUGCAAUUUUCAUCUAUUUUUUUUGUUGUGAUAGCAAAUGGCUCAAUACUGCCACAUAAUGACUAUAACUGCAUUAUCAUGAUGUGAACAUUUAUAUGUACUUUACAUGUAACCUUAAGGUAUUUCUUCCAUUUUACAUUAUGUAUACUUAUUACAUUUUAAAAUCAAGCAAAACUGUAUUCUAUAAACUAUGCUUGAGCAGCUAUUUUAUUCAAUGGAACAAGCAGAGGGUAUAAACAAAUUAUUUGAUCAAUAUUAUUCAACAUUACUUUCAUUAUAUGGUUUUAGAAUAAACAUUAUUGAAGAGGAUGUCUUGAAAUCAAACAAAUUACAGAUUUUAUUGUAGUAAUUUUUGUUAAUAUUUUCUCCCAACAUCUUGAUGAAGAGAGUGUUGUUAAAUUUCCCUAAGUUGACUGUAAAAAAUAUAUCCAACAUAAUUCAUAAAUUGCAGGUUAGUUUGUUUUAUGCCAUCUGGAUUUUUCAUUGAAGUGAUGUUUUUGUUGUUACUGAGAAUGAAUUUUACUCACUCAAGCGAAUCCAUUUUGAUGUGUUUAGGCAAACAUUUUUAUCAUCAUAUUGCUUGGAAGUACUUAAUGUCAAGUUAUUAGAAUGAAAUCAAAAUUUAAAUUGUUAUUACACUAUCGGAAAUAUUUUAAAUAUGAAUGUUAUAACAGAGUAGUAAUAUCUUACACAGUAUAUUGUGAUGUUGUAAGGAUUGAAGAGUAGUGUUUGAAAAUCUUGUUAUUGUGUAUUUGUGAAAGUUCUAUUAUAGAAAGUUGAGGACCUAUGCCGUCGUAUGUUGUGCCGCCGACGACGCAUUUUUGAUACGUACCCAAUGCCCACUUGUGCGUUUUCAGCUGGCGUAUUUGUGUGUUAACAUACCCAUGUAGUCGUAGUUUCUCCAUGUUUAACUUAGUUUUCAGAGCGUCGUUAUUUCGUUUAAACCGUUGUGUGCAAAUGCUCGGUGAUUCUAGAAAUUGUGGUGGAAAAUUAUGAAUGUAUAUGUAAUAUUCAUAUUCAAAAUUCUUAAAUUAUUCGUAUAAUUUAAAGAUACACAGCGUAAUAAAUAACAUUUGGUAUUUAAUGGUUGUCCCAAAUACCAAAAUCAUGCCUAAUUAUAUUAUGCAUUUCAUAUGUCAUUGUGUAAGCAAUUUGUUAUACAAGUUCGAAGGAAACAAAGACAUCUCACUGCCUCACAUAGCUUCAUCCCUUCACCAAAACAAUAUCCACAUUACAAAGUCGGUCUAAUAAUUUACAACAUAAAAAAUCACGACAUGUAUAAACAUUUUCUCAGAUCGGAGUGCAUUUUUUAAUUAUUUAAUAGAUAGUGUUGCUAUUAUUGUAGUCAGUCAAAAGCAUUGUUGGAUAAAGCAAAUGUGAAUGAGGGUUGUGAGCGCCUAAAGCGCUCACCCAAAAGUCUGGUGUGUGUAUAAGCUGGCUUUUGUCAGGCUAACAAACAUAGGUUCAAGUUAAAAAAAAAAGUGUAUGAAAAAGCCUUUCAUAUAAAUGAAACUACAAGAAAACCCUGUAUGAGUUAAACUUUGCUGGUGGUAAGAUAUAUUUUGCAUCCAGAUAGCCUACGUGAGUGGCGUUCCGGAAUCAGCCUAUGCAUAUCCGGUUCAAACAAGACGACAUAUUUGUGCCGAGUAGUAAGGGAUAAACUCUCUUCAGUCCACACUAUUUAGACUCUAUUUGGCUUACCACCAAUGCAGUGAGGUCACGUGUCGCACCCAUAUAAAAAUAAAUAAAUAACGGGCUGGAGCGCCUAAAGCGUUCACCCGGAAGACCGGUGCAGCUGAAUAAGCCGACUCGCGUCAGGCUAUCAGCAGUAGUCAUACAAAAAAAAAAAAGCAAUUAAUUAGCACUUAAAUCAACUAUCAAUAUGAAGCAAGAUUAUAAAUCUGAAUAGUUCACGCGAUCACAUCCGUAAACCUAACUCAAUACACAGCAUAUUAUUAAUAACAUAUUAACUUGUUGUGUCUUCCACGAUUUAUAAAUGUAUAAAUUAUUAGAUGCAUCAUUAAUUCCCGUUUAGCGUUAGCGUUUGUAACAGUUAAUUAUCGUUAUAGAUAUAAAUGUGCGUUGCCAAAGCCUUGUCUCACUCAUGGCAUUUUUUAUAAUGCAUUUAUUGUAUAGUAUUUUAAAAGACGUUUUAAAACUCACGUUGUUAAUAAAUUAAUUAGUAUUUUUUUUCUUUAUUGUAUCUUAUUCAUUUGUCGUUAAUGUAUGAAAUAUGUUAAAAAGUUCAAAUAUCUCUGCAUUAAAGCAAUUGGCGUCGCAAAUAAUGUCCCUUCGUUCUUUCGCUCUAUGUGUAAAUAAUUAAGUAUUUGGUGUAUUUUUGUCUAAUGUAUUUCGCGAAUUCAUUUCAUCAGUUUUCCGUAGGCACUAUAUAACUUGUUCCUAUAUUUUAUUUUGAGACUUAGGAAUUGUAACUAGUCCUUACGAUAAAUUAAUAUUAUGUACACACGACUGGUGUUGAGAUGUAGAUAUUUAAAUAUUGUUAUUUACCACGUAGAAUGUUGUUGAUUAAUUAAAAUGGUGAUCUACAUUAAA